UCCAUUUUGUUCUGUAUUAAGAAAAAUUCUUCUGCCUCGAGAUGCUGUUAAUCUGUGACCUUACCCCCAACCCCGUGCUCUCUGAAACAUGUGCUGUGUCAAACUCAGGGUUAAAUGGAUUAAGGGUUGUGCAAGAUGUGCUUUGUUAAACAAAUGCUUGAAGGCAGCAUGCUCCUUAAGAGUCAUCACCACUCCCUAAUCUCAAGUACCCAGGGACACAGAAACUGCAGAAGGCCGCAGGGACCUCUGCCUAGGAAAGCCAGUCUCUCGUUCCACCUAACGAGAAACACCCACAGGUGUGGAGGGGCAACCCACCCCUUCAUCUGGUGCCCAACGUGGAGGCUUUUCUCUAGGGUGAAGGUACGCUCGAGCGUGGUCAUUGAGGACAAGUCGACGAGACAUCCUGAGUACGUCUACAGUCAGCCUUAUGGAGAAAAUCAGCUUCCUGUUUGGAUACCCACUAGACAUUUGAAGUUCUACAAUGAACCCAUCAGAGAUGCAAAGAAAAGCACCUCCGUGGAGACGGAGACACCGCAAUUGAGCACCGUCGACUCACAAGAUGAACAAAAUAGUGAUAAGGCAGAGCCGCCGACUUGGGCACAACUAAAGAAGCUGACGCAGUUAGCUACAAAAUGUCUAGAGAACACAAAGGUGACACAAACUCCAAGGCUGCUGCUUGCAGCCUUGAUGAUUGUAUCAACGGUGGUAAGUCUCCCUAUGCCUGCAGGAGCAGCUGCAGCUAAUUAUACCUACUGGGCCUAUGUGCCUUUCCCGCCCUUAAUUCGGGCAGUCACAUGGAUGGAUAAUCGUAUAGAAGUAUAUGUUAAUGAUAGUGUAUGGGUACCUGGCCCCACAGAUGAUCGCUGCCCUGCCAAACCUGAAGAAGAAGGGAUGAUGAUAAAUAUUUCCAUUGGGUAUCGUUAUCCUCCUAUUUGCCUAGGGAGAGCACCAGGAUGCUUAAUGCCUGCAGUCCAAAAUUGGUUGGUAGAAGUACCUACUGUCAGUCCUAACAGUAGAUUCACUUAUCACAUGGUAAGCGGGAUGUCACUCAGGCCACGGGUAAAUUAUUUACAAGACUUUUCUUAUCAAAGAUCAUUAAAAUUUAGACCUAAAGGGAAACCUUGCCCCAAGGAAAUUCCCAAAGGAUCAAAAAAUACAGAAGCCUUAGUUUGGGAAGAAUGUGUGGCCAAUAGUGUGGUGAUAUUACAAAACAAUGAAUUUGGAACUAUUAUAGAUUGGGCACCUCGAGGUCAAUUCUACCACAAUUGCUCAGGACAAACUCAGUUGUGUCCAAGUGCACAACACUGGGCUGGCCCCACGGAGGAGGCUCAUCAGCGGUCCCCGUGGGGUAGGCCCCUCAGGCAGUUCGCUGUGGUCACCUCCCAAGUUCUCCAACCCCCUGACACAUCUGCUUUCCCGAGUGACAAAUUAAAACGUCUGAAGCGGCCGGAGCCCGCUGCUGCCAGCGCACAUGGCCGACAUGUGAAGCUGCCCGUCUUGUCCGUGGACAAGCAGACUGUAUGGAUCAUUUGUCUUUCCGUGGACGCUUUUCCUCGCCCUCCACCACCUGUACAAGCAACUCUGGCCCUCGACCUCCUUGUCGAUGUGGGAGGCGAUUUUGAGGCGAUGGAAGCUGCCUUGGCCCUCGCACUCCCUGCUCCCGGGGGCAAUGGGGAAGGGUUCAAUGUCAGCAUGCUCGAAGACAAGCAGAAGAAAAACAGCCAGAAAGGAAGAAGGCUCAGGGGGAGUGACUCCACCAGGCCAGCCGAGAGGGAACCGGGUCUCUCCUCCUUGACUAACAGCCAGUGGGGCAUGCAGGCACCCCGGCAAGUGCCACCGAGCAUCAGCUCCCAGGAGCCAGGCCUUACUCAAAGACAAAGGAUGAGCACAGGACACAACCCAUUCAAAGGCUUCCCAGCCUUAGCCAUGGCCUCCUGCACCUCUCAUAUAAGCAGCCGGUAA